GCCAGUUGCUCAUAUUGGCCUUGCAGUGGCGCGCGAGAGCAUGAGUAGACGAGAGGGUCCCCGCGCACGCGCUAUUAUUGUUUUGACUGAAAAUGCCGUCGGUUUCGAAAACGGCGGCGAGCGCUUCUCCUCAAACCGAGAAACCAACCCACUAUACAUAUUUGAAGGAGUUCAGGACUGAACAGUGCCCACUGUUUUUGCAGCACAAAUGCACACAGCAUAGACCCUUUACUUGUUUCCACUGGCAUUUUCUCAAUCAGAGAAGACGGAGACCCAUACGGAGAAGAGAUGGGACUUUUAAUUACAGCCCCGAUGUAUAUUGCACCAAGUAUGAUGAAACAACAGGAAUAUGUCCCGAUGGAGACGAUUGCCCUUAUUUACACCGGACCACCGGUGACACAGAGCGCAAGUAUCAUUUACGUUACUACAAGACUGGCACCUGCAUCCAUGAGACAGACGCUCGUGGGCACUGUGUGAAGAACGGCCUCCACUGCGCCUUCGCUCAUGGACCACACGAUCUUCGGCCACCAGUUUAUGACAUUAGGGAGAUCCAGGCACAGGAAGCUCUGCAGAACGGCCAGUUGGGAUCGGGAGAGGGAAUUCCUGACCUACAGCCAGGUGUGCUGGCCAGCCAGGCCAUGAUUGAGAAGACCCUCAAUGAGGACCCUCGCUGGCAAGACACCAAUUUUGUUUUGGCCAAUUAUAAAACUGAGCAGUGCACUAAGCCUCCGCGUCUAUGCAGACAGGGCUAUGCCUGUCCCCACUAUCACAACAGCAGAGAUAGGAGAAGAAAUCCCAGAAAGUUUAAAUACAGGUCGACGCCAUGCCCGAGCGUAAAACAUGGCGACGAAUGGGGUGAACCCUCAAAGUGUGAGAGUGGCGACAGCUGUCAGUACUGCCACUCACGCACAGAACAGCAAUUUCACCCAGAGAUUUACAAAUCUACUAAAUGCAAUGAUAUGAGGCAAACCGGAUACUGUCCAAGGGGGCCAUUCUGUGCUUUUGCACAUGUGGAAAGAAUUCCUUCCACAGAAGAGACCAUGAACACGUUGCUCACAGCGAUGCAGUCGGGGUCUCAGUCCAAGCUGGGCUCUCAGCAAUACCCAGAGUGUCCAAUCAGCGAGUGGAGCAGCAACACCAACACUUUCACCAGCAGCGCUAGUAACAACGGCCAGACAGGAAACGUCUCUUGCUCUAAUAGUCCGACUGUAACGCCAAGCUCAGGGAGCAACAGUUCGUUGUCCCCAAUCGGACCCAUCGGCAGGCCAAAAUGCUUUACUAAUGGUAGCUUAUGUUCAGAGUCCACCACGUCCAGUGUUUCCUCUCCGACGUCUAACUAUCCCAAAGCUCCGGGUUUUGAACGGGAGGAUCAGGCAAAGAACCAGAAGAGCCAGUCUGUGGAAAAUAAUCAAAAGUUAAUGGACCAAGACAAACAGCCUCAUGGCGGAGUGUUCUCAGUGGUGAAUCCGCUAGCAUCCAGCAUAACAUCGAGCAUCACGUCUAGCUUGGCUUCCAGCAUCGGAUCUGACAGUUCAUCACCCACCACUUUAUCGACCAUGAAUGCAAAAGCCACACCUUUUUAUCCAGGCAGCAAUACCGUAGAGUCAGUCAUAGGAUCUGCACUUGACUUAAAUUUUAGUGACAUCAAUGUUGCCUCCCUUGACAAAGAGUUAGAGGACCAGGACAACAAUGGCCUUGGUUUAACAAGUCAGAGGUUAUUAGGAGGCUCCGCUCCUGUCAAUAUUCCUGGUUCUCUGGCUCGUUCUUCCUCUCUGCAUUCAUCCUCCUCGCUUUCCGCCUCCCCGCUCGGAUCAAUGUCCCAAUCGCUGUCCCAGUCUCUCCUUACUGGAAUGCAGAGCCAGCCACAGGUGCCGCCUGUUAAAACCGAGCACGGCCUUUUAGGAACACCUACGUCUACACAGAACUCCUUAGGUCUGAAUGGCGGAACGGGGAGUAUAUGGGACUUUAUGAGUGGCAGCUUCUCUCCCAGUCCGUCUCCAGUGUUUAGCAGCCUUACUUCCAGCACGGUCAGCUCCAGCAGCGCAGACAUCGGCCGGCUCCUCCGAGAACUGGAUGAGGCCAAACGCAAGAUAAAGCAAUGGGAGGAUGCCUGGCACCAAGUCAAACAGGCCUGCGAAGCGUGGCAGAAAGACGCUCACGAAGCGAAGGAACAAGCUAAAUCGGCGGAGGCGGAGCGGCAGCUGGCGGAGCAGAAGCGCGAGGACACCGAGCGAAAGCUGAAGGAACUGCAGGGAGACUUUGACGCUUUGUGUCGCUCCCCCAACACACCCCUCCUGCGCAGCUACGGCGAGCUGGACCAGCUCCCCCUGCAAAAGCUCCGCUCCAUCCAGAGCCGGCUGCGCUCCGACCUAGACCUCAUAGAUGGGGUAAUAUAUCAGCUUCAGUCAAAGAAAUGUAUAGUUUGCCAAAAGCAUGAUCGUUCCAUUGUCCUGCAGCCUUGCCAACAUUAUGUACUUUGUCAGAAGUGCGCGUCUGGUAAAACAGAAUGUCCAUACUGUAAGACAAAAAUAUUGAAGUGGUGAUGUACAGCUAUUCGAGGUACUAGUUAACGAUUUAGCCCUUUGAAGAACUACUAAUACAUAUAUUACGCUUACAAUUUCUUAUUAGCAUUUUGUUUGUGAUUAAAUCGAAUAGUUUUAUUAGAAUCUAAUAAGUGGUGUUUGACUGAUACAAAUCGAGUACUUUAAUGCAAUACCUGUUUUGUAAGCUAUAGAUUAUACAUUUUCAUAAAGCAUUAAACAAUCCCCCCCUUGGUUAUUAUUAGCGCUCGCGGCAUUCGUAGUUUGAUUUCCAUGAUUCGACUGUUAAAAAUAAAUUAAUCGGUCAGACAUCAAACAUCAUAUCGCUAUUAGUAGCUUCGUGAAGAAGAUUCAUUUCUUGUAAAAGCACUUUGUUGACUCGGAAAAUUGUCUUGAGGGUAUUUUAGAAAUUUUGCUUUGAGCUGCUUUGUAGUAUUUUUCGUUUUAUUUUCUUAGAAUUAUAUAUUUUUGUUCCCAAAUACGCUAAAAAGUAUGAAGCUUUUGUGUGUACUGUGAAACAUAAUAGAAUAUUUCAUUUUUCUUACUGUUAAAUCAUGGUAUAGUGUAUAUAUCUUGCUAGUUUUCAUACGAAAAGUAUAGUACUAAAUAGUAUAGUUAUUAAUUUCAUUCAAUUUUUCAAUCAAAUAAGUGCAAACUUUAAAAUGCAUUUUAGGCAUAACCAGCAGCUGUAAUAUCACUAAGGCACAUACUGUAUGCGAAGGCAUUUAGUGAAUCGAUUUCUCCGUCUUAUAGUGACUAUACAUUACGUAGAUGUUAGAUGAGCACAUGUGUCCUGAGCGACGCGGUAAUUUUUUUGUUUUUCGGACAGACCCGAUUCCUGGCCACUCUUUUUUAAGUGCCUUGCCUUAAACAUAUUCAUCUGUGAAGAGUUUAGGAUUGUAGUACCAAACCCAUAGUUAGUUAACGCUCGCGCAAACGAUGUAUUUAACGAUGUAAGUGUUUCCGAGAGACUUCAUCCAGGUCGGUGCCUGAGCCCUGAUGUUCAAGUCUCAUUCCUUGUUUCUUCAUCGACGAUGGUGCUUUUUGGGUGCAGCUUCAUUAUUAGUGUCGAAUCGUAAAUGUGUAGGGAUAUUCAAAACGGGAAAUACAUGACUGGCUUAGUACAUUUCUGUUCAUGAUGAUUAAAAUCGUAGUGCGUAGUGUUUACAAACAAAAGUCAUCUGUUUAUUUCGUAUCCAAAUUCGACGGUGUAAUGUGCUAGGUAGUCUAAUUGAAAUGACCUGCUACUGUGUUAUCUGAACUUUUUAUUUUUAUUUUCUUGUUCCUUUCAUAUUUACAACAAUGAGUUCGUGCGGAAAAUCGUCAGGUACACAAAGGUGUGAGUUGUUCUACGUUUGUAAUUGAGAUCAAUUUAUUUCAAAAGGGAUGGUUAUUGAGGUCUAAUUGUCCAGAUCCUCAUAUUUUAGUUUAGCUUAAGAGGAAAAGACAAUGUAUAUAUUUUUUCUUUAGUUCGUAUCUAAAUCCACAAGGUCCGUAUGUAGCUCGUGUUUUCGGCAUUUAUCAAAAAAAAGUCACUGCAUGUGUCGGUAUGUUCAUUUUGUUAACCAGCUAAAGCUCUUGAUCUCACUGCCAAAUGUAUUUGUCGGUCAGGCGCGUCACAUUCGAUAGCUCUAAAGUAUUUCAAAAUAUUUUUGUACAGUGCUUCAAACGCAUUGACUACGUGAUUAUCUUUUCUAGUCCGAUCAGCGAAGGCGUGCUAUUUUUAGUAAGACGGGUUGUAACGGAUCAAAGUAGCUCUGAAUUUCGCGAUUUUCUCGAAAGUGUUCGUCGUGGGCUUUGCAGAUGUCACUCGUUUGGACCAUAACGUAGGAUUUCAUUUUAGGUAGAAAAUCAAUGUUUGAGAUUUGACAUUUGCUAGUGUGGUCAAGUCAAAUGUGGACUUUACACAGAUGAACCAAAGUGGUAUUGUAGUUUAUAUUUGUUUUUUCGAGUUCAAAUGAAGUGGUGUACAAUUACAACGUCAGUUUUCAAUGUUUAAUUCGACAGGACAACUAUGCCAACUGCUUUUGCUGACAAUAUUAAUGGACUGAAUGCCCAUUUUUGUAGUUUCUACCAAAGACCUUUACUGUUGAUCUUUUUUCUCUAUUUUUAAUUUUAUACCUGCGAUUUCUUUUUUUUGUUUUUUUUUUGGUAUAGAAAUGACCAAAUCAUAGUACUUUAUUUACGUAAUGUGUGCAUUUAAAGUCCUAAUCAUAAUUGUUUUAUACGAGAUCCAUUUUUUUCAAUUCCUGAAAAUGAUCCUAUAGUAUUGAUUGAAUUGGCUGUAAUCUACAGUUGAGGAAUGUCACAGUAAUGAAUGAAUGAAUGAAUAUUUGUGUUAAUAUUCUUAAGUGGCCAUAUGAAUUAGUGCUUAUUUGAAGUAUAUAUCAUUUCUUUUAUAUAAUAAUAGUACUUAUUUGUUUUGAAACAUUAGUGGUUGUGCACUACUUGUAUGCUGUCAGGAAUUUAAAUGAGUAUACUUGGCCCGUAAGGUGCUUGCUUUAGUUUCCAUUUGACUGGUGUGUUUUGUUUUGUUUUUCAGUCUGUUUAGUUGUGAUUCUUUAGAAUUUGGAUAUGAAAUGAGAAAUCUAACUUAUUAUUUUUAUUUUUAACAUUUGAAGUCUGUUAUUGUAUUGUCAAAUGUUGUCCACCAUGGCUUUGUAGACCAUAAUUGAAUGUGAUGUAAAACGAGUCCCUUGCUAGUUGAAAUGGCUGAGACAGACAGCGGGUCACAUUAUGAAAGUUUAAAGAUUUCUUCGCCUUAAAUCACACUUUUUUGGCCUAGGGAAGUUUGCAUGUGAUAAAUUAGUUUACACUAAUUGUAUGAGUACAAAAACAUUAAAGACACUUAGUUACGCUGCUUUGUAAUACUAUCAAUAUUGUUCGUUUUCUGUUGAUGAAGUACAAAUUUGUGCCUUUAAUAAGACAACAUAUUGAAAGUCGUUUCGUUGAACAAAUGCUUAUAUAAUGAGCCGAAUUUUAGUGCCUUGGGAUGUUUUAACCUGUAUUUCUCAAAGCACCAAUCCUGUUACAGAUUUCUGUAGGCGUUACCACACUGUAUUAAUUAGAAAUAACACCUAAUUCCCUAAAUGACUUAUUAAAGUGAUUAUUCAGAUUUUGAGGAAAAUAUGUUGACAAUAACUAGCAUUUACAUGGUACAUCUGUGAGUUGUGAUCAACAGUUAUGUUAUGUUAUGCAAUUGUAUUCUCCACCAUGAAUGUGUUUUAAAAGCAGCAGUUCAUCUGAAAAGUUUGUGAAGCAUGACAAAAAGAGAUUUUUGUAUUAAAGAUAUUCCUAAAUGUUGAUUUUCACGUACAUAAUCCAGCCUUUUAAUUUUAUACAUUUGUAUGUUUACUACAUAAAAUCCAUACAGUUUUCUCUCUGUCUGUAUCAGCCAUUUUUUUAUACAUACGAACUGUAAUGUUUAACUCAAAUGACCAUUUAGCAUUAAUGUAAUUUGUUGAUGUGUAAAUUGUAUUGAAAAUUUACCACAAUGCUCUGCAGUGAAAAUAAUCUUAUUUUCUUUCUAUUCUUGUGGAUUUUCUUUUUUGUUUUUCGUUUUAAUUUUAUUGUCUGUCAGUAUAGCGUGAUUAUUGAACCUAAGGAUUUAUGCAAUCUUGUAUAUACAUAUUACAUAUGUUAAAACUGGUUAAAUUUAACAAACUAGCCAGGGAAAAUACCUAUUACAAAUUUUUAAGAAUAUAACACAAGAAAAAAGUAGAGGAUUUUGUAACCACUGUUCCCUAUAAUUAAUGUUACGGUUAAUCGAACAUUAAAUCCCUGAAUAUUGAAUGUACCAUUCAAAUUAGUUAUAAAAUGGGUCACUGGAUAACAAAGAGAACAGUUAACCUAUAAUAAUAUGUAGCACUAGUUUUGUGAAUUGCGAUUACAAAAAAAUACAUUUAUAAGUUAACACAAUUGCAGUUUUCAAGUUUGUGUAUUUAUUAGUGUAAAAAUUUGAUGGAAAUAUACGAGAUGUAUUUUUCUCAGGGUUUUACAGGAGAACUGUAGAAUAGAGAGAGAUGUCCAAUUUUCAAAGAAAAAACUGCAAACUUGCUGAAAAAACGCGAAAUAAGGAAAACAUUUAUAUUAUGAGGAAGAAACAUAUCCCUUAUUUUGGUACAGUAUGCAUCAGUAUAUAGAACAGCUUAUAUUCUAAUUAGUGUUGAAAUACUAUACAAUUUGCUGUUAUUAUCAUACUUUGUGUAUGUGUUGUCAACACGAGACCUUAAACAUUUACUGGGAGUUACGUGUUUAAGUUAUGGAGGCUUCUUUAUGAUAUAGUUGUAUGUUUCGAUGACAUGUAAGGCCGGAGAGGUUUCUCUUUACUAGAAUUACUUAAGAUGGUAUUAUUUAUAAUGCAUAAUCUUUUUCUCGUAGUGUAUCGUUUAAAAUUGUUAACACUUGUCUACACUACAGCAGUUAUGCAAUGGUUUACAGAAUUCAUGGAAUUAUUUUUAUCAUCUUGGGAAUUAAAUAAUUUUUGAUCUUUAA